CACACAUCCUCAGUAAACUAAGGAAUAGACAAAUAAUAGAUGAGUUCACUGCUUCCCUUUUAGGGUUCUAUAAAUUUAAUCUCAUUUACUGCCUGGCAAAUCUAAUUUUUCUAAACGUUUCCAUGUCCUGAGGAAGCAAGUGUUCCCUUGUUUCAGCUCAUAGAAAAGCCUUAACUUGAAGGCUUCUCUGGGGAUUAUGAUUCUAAAACAAGUCAGAAGUGGCUGGAUAUGACAGACCAGAUUCUACCCUGUUUCUUCAGUGAGCUGUUCAUUCAUUCACCCAGGUGCCCACCACGCAUCAAUGACCUACUUUGUGCCAAGCACUGGGAGAGGACAGUGAAUAAAAAAGCGAGAUCUCUGUGCUCUCCUGGGACUUUUUUUUUGGUGGGGGAAAAUAAAUGAUAGUCAAGUCAACCAGUAAAUGAACAAGAUCACUUCAGAAAUGAUAAGUAGUCUGAAUAAAAUAAAGCACAGUAAUAGAUUAUAGUGACUGUUGAAGAAUGCUGGGAUCUGGGUGGGCAAUAAGGAGAUGAUCUUUGAGCUGAAUGGCAGAGGGAAUCAGAGCUGGCUAGGCCUUGCCUGUCUGGGGUAGAGAUUUCCAGUCAGACCAACAGAUUCAAGGUCACUGAGACUGGACUGUGCUUAGCCAAUUCCAGGAGAGGAAGAAAGUACAGGUAGCCAGGUUCAGGGAGGGAAAGAUGAUGAGGCAUUAAGGUGAGUAAAGGCCAUCAGAAGAGAACUUCAUCUUGUAUUCUAGAUGACAUGGGAGGGUGUGAGCAAAGAGUGGCAGGAGGUGCUUUAACAUUAACACAAGAAUUUCCCCAGCUUCUGAGCAGAGACUCACUUGUCAGCCUUUCUCAGCCUUGGAGAGGAAGCUUCGUAUUAGAAGUUGCAGAGAAAACCACAGACCUGAAGGAGUCACAGUUUCUAGAGAACAAGUAACACAAGCAGUCAGGCGUGCAGUAUAGCAUUUAUUUUGAAAGUUGAUAGCAAAGGAUUAUUGAGGGGAAACAACAGUAGAUGCAUUCUCAGGUUAGCUUUUUGAAUGAUGUGGCAAAGCAUUGUAAAAACAUAAAUGUACUUGAACCAUGCUCACAUGUAUUUCCAUUAUUUUGGCAUAUUCCAAAAAGAAGUUAUCAAAAGCUGCACAUUAUUUUAUCUCCCUAAAAACACUAAAAUUGUCAGAAAUAAGUAGCAUAUAUCUUUAGAAUAUACAGGAUCAUCGUUAUCCUUCUUCGCUUGGUACCUUUUGAUCCAUUUUCCAGGCCUUGGUUCUUCAUCUUUUUGAAGGAUAAAACAACCUUGUUCUAAAAAUAUACUGGAUUUGAAAAGUGCUCAGAGCAAAGCUUUACUGUUUUUUCCGUAAAAAACACCCAUCUGAGGAAGGCAUCCUCUUACAGUCAUACAGACAAGUGUGCAAGUACUUCAUUGGCAAGCACUUUCCCGUAAUUUUAUCCAUUCAAAGAACUUGUCCACAUGGAGAGCCAUGCAAAGAUUAAUCAUUCAUAUGAACUAGUGCAAAUUGACUAUUCUCCCCCUUGGAAUUGCAUUUCCUAAAAAUAUACAUACUCGUGAUUAUUUUAUUUCUUGUGCAUUUCAAAUUUAUUUUGAGAUUAGGUCAAAUUUGUAUCAUAAUCAAAAUUGUUGAAGUGCCAACUGUUUCAAAUAGAUGUAUUCAAUAGUUUCAGAAAUCUUGAAAAUUAGAACCGGAGAAAGAACUAUAAAAGUACAUUAUUUUUCAUUUGAAUACAAUUUUUCUUCUGGUUUUUCCUGUUUAAACAAUAGGAGAAGAGAAAUAGAUGAGACUUGAAACUGGUACCCAUCUGUGGAUGUCAAAGUCGAGUGGCUUUGGAAACAAUAGAGUAAUAUCGCAUAGAUGAUAGCAGGGCCAGAAAUCUGUCCCCAGUGUUACCUUCAUCAGGUGCUGUGACUUACUAAACUGCUAUAUAUUAAGGAAAGUACAAAGACAGUAAAUAAAUGUACUGUUUUAGUAAGGGGAGGGGGAAAUUGUAAUAUUUAUACAAAAAUAUCAAGAAUUGCAUUAGUCUUCUGAUACUGUACCAAACACUUGAGGUCAUAAACUUAAGGAGACAAAAGAAUUAUGUUGUCUCACGGUUAUGGAGCUUUCAGUGCAUGAUCAGUUGGUCCCAUUGCUUUUGGGUCCGUGCUGAGGCAGCACAUCCUGGUGACAGCAAGUGGCAAAACAGUUCACCUCAUGGCCAGGAACAAAAGAGAGAAAGAGGAACAGGGGGCUCCCACUGUUCCAUUUGAAAGCAAGCCCUAAUGACUUAAAACUUCCCACCAGGCCAUACUCUGCCACCUUUCACCACAUCCCAACAACACCCCCGUGGGAGGAAGUCUUUAACACCUUGGCCGUUGAAGAAUGUUCCAGAUCCAAACUGUAGCCGCAGUUAUGACAAGUCCCCCAAAUCAUGAGGAUGCACCUCACCUCCAAACAUCACUAUAUAGAGUUAACGACAUCGUAUCACUCAGUCAGGUUCAUUUACUAAAUGUGAAUCAUUCUAGGCACUCUGUGUAAAGCUUCUUUCCCCUCACCCCAAGCCAAGCUUAGAUGGACUCUUCUAAUUCAUCUCUGUCUCUUUUUAUGUUCCCACACUCCUGAUUGACACAUGUGAGACUACAGUUGAGUCGUUUGCUGGGAGUCCCAGUGGCACCAUCUGUCUCUGACCAUCAAGCAUCGUGGCCAGAUACACAGUUUGCCUCUUCCUUUCUCUCCCUGGCCAUUGGAGAAUGAGGCAAUCAGCAAAUCCAGUGUGCUUCCAGAUUACUGGAAAAGAGCUAUUGAGGAUGAGUUUGACUUUGCUCUUGGCAAGCAGACCCCUGCUUUCCUAAAGAAGUGUGUUUGCUACAUUAGGAAAAUCGCUAACAUUGAGCGCUUUGUGAAAAUCCCAGAGAUGGGCAAAUACAUGGAUAUAACUGGAACAGAACCAAGGAUUAUUCGUGACCCAGAAGCUCAAGAGAAGCUGAUCAAACUCAGGGAUGAAUUUAUUCCUACCAUAGUUGCAUCAUCUAAUCUGAGAGUGUACACAUCUGUUACUCAUUGUGACAUGAAACUGGGCUAUUCCCAAGAAAUAGAAAAUCAUUACAUAGAAGGACUUGGUAAGCAAUUUUAUGAGGACAUGAUUGAUAUAAUUCAGGCAACGGUACAACAGAAUUUUGAUACAGAAACUGAUACACUCUAUGAUGAGAUCCUUCAGCAUUCAUCGCUCUGUAAAACAUACGCCUCAUUCUAUGAAUACAAAUGUGAAGCGCUGAACAUUGUGCAUAAGUACAUCCUUCCAAGCAAGACGGGGCACAUCAACCCUCUUAUCAUAUAUGGAGGACCAUGCACUGGAAAGACCCUUCUGCUAGCCGAAGUAGCAAAGAAGGCUUACGGCUGGCUGCAUGAGGACACGGGACCAGAAUCUGACCCAGUAAUAGUGGUGAGGUUUCUUGGAAUGACAGACACGAGUACGGACCUUAGAACUCUACUUCUAAGUGUUUGUGAGCAACUGGCAGUUAACUACCGGUGUCUGGUUCAAAGCUACCCUAAGAAGAUCCAUGACCUCCGUGACUUAUUCAUAAACCUUUUGAAUGAGUCUUCACUGCAGAGACCUCUGGUAAUAAUAUUCGAUGCCCUAGAGCAGCUCUCAGAGAAUGAUGAUGCCAGGAAGCUCUGGUGGCUCCCAGCUCACCUUCCCCGCUUCGUGCGGAUAGUCCUCUCCACACUGCCCAACAAACACGGGAUCCUGCAGAAACUCAGGUGCCUUAGCCAUGAAGAAGACAACUACAUCGAGCUGAUUCCCCGGGACAGGAAGAUGUGCAGCCAGGUCCUCAAACACCAGCUGCUGCGCGUCAAAAGGAAGGUCACAUCAGGCCAGCAGAUUUAUGUGAACAACGCCUUCUCCAAGUGCACGCUGCCAAUGUUUGUGAACCUGACCUUCAGGGAGGUGAGACAUUGGCGAUCUCACAAAGACGUUGAUGAAUCCUCGCUCUGUGUCACCGUUCAUGAAAGUAUAGAGCAGUUAUUCUGGUCCCUGGAGAAGAAGUGUGGUCAGAAACUGGUCUCCAGGGCUCUUGGUUACAUCACCAUGGCCAAAGUGGGUUUGAGUGAAAUGGAACUGGAGGACGUGUUAGCCCUAGACAACAGUGUCAUGAACGAACUCAAUGAAAACAACAGGCCCAGCAACCCCCUGAGAGUCCCUUACCUGUACAUCGCAAGGCUCAAGGAGGCUCUCACAGGAUGCUUAAUAGAAAGACAUGUGAAGAAUGUCACACUCCUGGUCUGGGCCAACAGACACCUGCAGCUUAUAGCCCAGAAGUUGUAUCUGCAGCACGAUGGUGACCUGCGAGAAAUGCACACCAUCCUGGCAGAUUAUUUUCUGGGGGUCUGGUCAGGGGGGAGGAGGAAAGCUUUCUGCCUUGAAGAUGCCUACUUGAAUGGCUGCCUUGACUUGGAAAGUAGAAGCCUACUUGAGGAAGAAAAGCACUUCAUGGAACAGGCCUCCUUUGACAGGCAGGCCCCAGACCAGCCCUGGGUUUUCCAAUGUAAUCCGCUGGAGCCUGACAUCUUUUUCGUCAAUCACCGGAAAAUGUCGGAGCUUUUGCACCACUUGACAAGGUGUGGAAAAACUGAUGACCUGCUUUAUGGCAUCAUCAUGAACUUCAGCUGGCUUUAUACCAUGAUCAAAAUUGGCCAGUUUGACAAAGUGCUUUCAGACAUCGAGCUGGCUUAUAAUUAUUCGCAAGAGAAGGAGCUGAAGUUCCUGGCCAGCACCCUCCGCAGCAUCAAAAACAAGGUCAUUGCAUUUCCCAGCUCCCUGUCAGCAGAGCUGCAGCAAAGACUGCUGCCUGUUGUAAGUUCCCUGCCCAAACUUAGACACCUUCUUUUAGAAUGUGACAAAGAUGGGCCCAAGUAUUGCUCCAUUGUGCCACUUCAUUCAUCCAUGGAUGUGACGUACAGUCCCGAACGUCUUCCCUUAUCAUCCAGUCACCUGCAUGUCACAGAGAUUCUGCCCACCCGUAACCCUAGUACUGUCCUCACAGCUUUAGAAAAUGGUUCCAUCAGCACAUGGGAUGUAGAAACUCGCCAACUCCUCAGGCAAAUUACUACAGCCCAGUCUGUCAUCCUAGGCAUGAAGCUCACAAGUGACGAAAAGUACCUUGUGGUGGCUACAACAAAUAACACCUUGUUGAUUUAUGAUAAUGUCAAUUCUUGCCUGCUUUCUGAAGUAGAAAUCAAAGGGACCAAGCAUGGAGGCAGCUCUACCUACAUCAAUGGAUUUACACUGUCGGUCAACCAUGCCCUUGCAUGGCUCGAGGCCAGCAAAGAUGUCACUGUCAUUGAUCUGCUCUAUGGAUGGCCCCUUUACCAGUUCCACUGCUGGUAUGAAGUGACCUGUGUCCAGUGCACUCUAGAUGGGGUGUAUGCUUUCUGUGGACAGUACCUGAACACUACCACUAUAUUUCAUUUAGGGAGUGGAGAAAAGUUAUGUACGGUAACAUCUGAGUUUUCAGGAGGGUUUGUGAAGUUUCUUCUUAUUUUGGAUACAGCUCAGGAGAUGGUAGUGGUAGAUAGUGAGGGAAGUCUUUCAAUCUGGAAUACUGAAGACAUUUCCAAUCCCCAGCUGACUGAUGACUUUGACUGCCGAAGAGAAGACAGCGAGGUGGUCACCAUAGAACUUUCAGAGGACCAGAGUGCAAUUCUGAUCUGUAAGGCUCUCAGCAUUGAGCUCUUAGAUACUCGCAUGUGGAAGGUGGCUGAAAAGUUCAGAGCCAAGCACAACGAACGCUUUAUAUCUGCUGUGCUGUCAAAAAAUGGAGACUGCAUCAUAGCUACCAUGGAGAACACCCCAGCCGUGUUUUUCUGGAGGCGGGACACAGGGCAAUGCAUGGCAAGCCUACAGGAAAUCUCAGGUACUAUAGUUAAGUUGGUGAAAUCCAGUCACCACAAUAUGUUACUGUCUUUAUCAACUAGUGGUGUUCUUUCUAUUUGGGAUAUAGAUAUAAUCACAGCUAUGUCCAACAUAGAUAAGACUGGAAAACCCAUCCAAAGCCUGGUGUUGCCUGCCAGAGGGGAAAUAAUCUACUCACUUGAUGGCUCCGAUUGUGUUCAUAAGUGGAACUUCAGCAGUGGGUUCAUCGAAGCAGUAUUUAAGCACGAAGGAAUAGUUGAACACUGUGUGUUAACAUCUGCUGGAGACAUAAUGGUGACAUCAGAUGACAAAAGCAGCCAGUAUGUCUGGCACACCAGCAGCGGGGAAAACCUCUUCCGAAUCAAUGGGCAGAGAAUCUCUCAGCUGCUGAUUACACACAAUGACCAGUUUGUGGUUUCCCUCUGUGAGGAAAAUGCCUCCAGGGUUUGGAGACUAGCCACAGGCCACAGGGUCUGCAACAUCCUAACCACUUUGCAGAAUGCCUUCAUUACCUCGGCAAACACCUUCGUGGUGGGGAUGACUAAAAGCAAAGUAUUGGCAGUCAGUCUCUGGACAGGAAGUAUCACCAAGAAAUUUUGCUGCGAAGAUGGUACCACCAUUGUGAAUUUUAAGUUGAUCCCUGACUGUCCCGACAUCAUCGUGUUUAUCACAUCAGCUGAGACUGUGAACAUCUGGAACCUGACAGAUGAGGUGAUCUGUCGACGCGUGCAACUCCCAAACAACUUUUUGAAAAAUCUAGAGGAUUUUGAAAUUUCUCCCAAUGGAAAGCUAGGCAUUAUAUCUAGGGGAGAUGAAAAUAUCAAUGUGCUGGAUUUACACAGUGGUAAAUUACGGGUAGUUCAUGCCUCUGGGGUCAUCUGGCGGCAGAGGUUGUCUCGUGAUGGUCGCUACCUGGUAUAUAUUUGUUUCCGAAAUGGGGAGGAGGAGGACGAAAAUGGUGCAAUAUCCAGCUUAAUUGUAAUGAGGCUGGCAGAUGGCAAAAAUAUUGGUGCUUGUUCCCUGUACAAAACACCAACUUUCCUUGCACUCUCUCAGAGGCACCUGAACAUCAUUGUGGGAUUUGACGAUGGGAGUAUAGGGAUAUACACAGUAGUGGACCGUGUAGAUGCUGCACUGAAAAUUAAGAUUGCCACUUCAAACAGCAGACAGAUUUUCAACAGUGCAGCCCAGACAUCCAGGCCAAAAUCUAACAGUUACAGUUUUAAAGUGUCUAUAGAUUGCUUAUGGAGAGAGUCCACUGAAGUCUUCGCAAGAGACAGCCCUAUCACAGUGAGUGACUCUUCAGAGUCCAGUGAAGCAACACCCUCAAAGAAACACAACUCUUGCUAUGACAGGAUAUGCUCUGCCCUCGAAUCCAGGGGCCACAGCUACACCCCUGAUAACUGACAAAAUGUCUACCCUGAUCAGUGGAAACAUGUGAUCCACAUACAUAAGGAACAAAUAAAGUAUGUCUUCUGGAUCACAAAUGAUAAAGUACUCAUUUGUUUAGAAGACAGCAAAGAUGCUGGAAUUGCAGUGUUUUAUUAACAUGUUCGUGAAACAGACAGAAAUGUGAGAUUAGUUUUGAGUGCAGUCUUUUUGUCAGAGAAUUUGCGAAGUGGUAUAUAAAUGGCUAUUUCACCUAGAAGAGAGAGGAUAAAAGUUUUAAAAUUAGCUGUGUGAUAAGAAGCAGUAUAGUUGAUUUUCUUAGUUCGGAUGAGCGAGGCUACAGUUACAUGUAUACGAUUUAGAUUGGAAUUAGUUCUACAAAAAAACAGUUGAAGUCAUGGAGACAAACUGCUGCUUGACUCCAAAUGAUUGUGUGAUAAGUUAAAACACAGCCUUAAUCUCUCUUUACAUUUCCUGAUCCUGACAACUGUGUAAACCUAGUCUGCAGAGGAAAGGUCUAACGGUGCAAAACCAUGUAACAAAAAUAUCCAGAUAUAUUCCCAGGUUCCCAAGAGACACGACAUGAAAUGUGAGACCGUAAACUGGACUGGACAAGAACUACUGCUAUCAUAGGGCUACCGAACAUGGAGAGUCAAUCUUCAUUAAAGUACAGUUGCAAGAGUUGCAUGCAAGGGUUUCUGUAUCAUGGAAUAUAUGAUUUUUAAACUUUUUUAUUUCUGGGGCUGCAGAAGAACACAUUUAAUAAGAAACCACAAUUUUUUCACAUCUUUUUUGAAAUGCGUAUUUGUGCUGAGUGUAAAGAAGAAUUACAGAAUGGGCAUUACAAAUUUGGUCAAAACACCUGGUCGUUUCUAUCAUUGUACUAAUAAAAAACAUGUACUAUUCAGUCAGUUGUAUGGAAGCAUAAAUUAUUUCCUAAAUCCCUGAAGUAUCUCUUAAUAGAAAGCAAGUUUUCUUAACAUGCCAUCUCAGAAAUACUGAUGACAUUUGCCUUACUCUCAUCUCUCUUUUUUCCUGUGUAACACGCAGAUAGAUAACCAAAUACUCUGGGACAAACUGAAUAUGCCUGUCUUUGUGCUAAAAUAUUCCAUAAAUCUUAACGAUGUCCAAAGGUUCUUUAUCGUCCCUGUUUGUAAUCACUUUCUUACUUCGCUGCACUGUAUGUAUGCUUCCUUAUCUGUUACACUUCCAGGCUGAGGACUCUUCUGGACUUUUAUAGUCUUACCUAUUUCAAAGCAAAAGCAGAAGAAAUGAUGUCAAAUAUUUUUUAAACCCUACUUUAUCUAUUUAAAAGAAAAUAUUACAACUCAGAAAGUAAAAGUGAUUUUCUUCCUUUAGUAUUUUCCACAUGGCAUUGUCCUUGAAUAACUUUUCAUGGAGUUUUCUAGUUGUGGUUUGGUUUGGUUUUCUUUGAAAGUGGCAUCACUUUAAUAAGAAAAAUGAGGGAACUAUUUUUGGUCCAGUUCUGCCAUGAAUUAGUAUGUCCCUGCCACCUCUUUAACCUCACCAGCGUAUUGUUUUUGUGAACUGCAAAAUAAAGGUAGUGAUAGGUUCUGCUAUAGCCCUGUUAGGGAUAUUUGGGAUAAUGUAAGAAAAACACAGUGACAUUUUGACUGCUGAUGCUAAUGGGAAAAAAAAGUGAUAUAGCAUAUAGAGAAUCCAAAUCAAUUGUACUUCAUUUUAGAAAGCAGUUUAAUGUGUAACUAUUCAAAGAUGUGAUUCAGAUAUAAACACCCCACUGCACAGUUAAAAGACUUUUCUCAGUAUGUUCCUCCUGGUUUAGCUACCAGCCAGCGGGGUGAUUGCUCAGAGAGAGCUCCGACCUAUGUAAGAAUCACUCCAAGUGGCUUGUAUGAUUCAAUGCUUUUUAGCUCUUCAGGCAACAUAUUCUUAUUUCUAUCGUUAUCAGUUGGACCUACAUGCCAUACAUUUCUAAGAAUUAAAUUCCUAGAUGGAUUAAAUGUAGUGUGUGAAUGUUCUGUGUAAAAGCCAAUAGAGUAUAACAAGUGACUUGAAUGAUUUUUCCUAACUUGUUUGCAACUGAUAGCUCAUAUGGAAUGUUUUUAUGUAAACUUUGUAUUGUUGGGAAGAAUUACCCAAUCAGAGAUUUAUAUUUUCAUAAAUGUUACAUUUAGUUAAAUUUUGUUACAGAGUUGUUACACUAGAAAAUUAUUUCAGUCUUCAAACAAUAUACAGUCUUGUGUAUGUACUGUUUGUAUGAAUAAAAGAUAAACCACUUA